AUUAAUAAUUCGGACUUAAAAGUUUUCGAACGACAAUAUUUUUGAACUUGGAAAAUAUCCAAGGGAAUCAUAUAUUUUUAACAUUUGUUGAACCGAGUAUUCUAUUUCUUCUUGAAUUUUAAUCAAAAGUUUAACAUCGUUGUGAAAUUAAUAAAAAUAAACAGUGGAAAUACAAUUAUAAGAGUCGAUCUUAUUGAAUUUUACAUUCAAUCACUAUAAUCCUGUCCUGUCAUCGUCAUCACCAGUUGUCAGAGAGCGUACUCUAAACAAGUAUGGCGCUACUGAAAAAAAUUUGGACCAGCAUCAAAGCCACCUGUUUCAUAAUCCUAGCAUGCGUCACAGCCCUGGUAAAUUUCGUAUCGAAGUACACCAUUGGUAUUUAUCGAAAAUUCAAAAAUCCUGCUGAUAAUCGACGAAAAAUAUACAAAACAGUUGCGGAUAUUCCAGGACCAAGAUCGUUUCCUAUUAUUGGAACCAGGUGGAUUUAUUCGAAAUUCGGUUUGUAUAAACUGAAUGCCGUUCACUUGGGAUACAAAGACAUGUUUUUCUGGUUUGGGGAUAUUAUUCGCGAAGAAGCAUUGUGGAACGUACCAGUUAUAAGUGUCAUAAACAGAGAUUGCAUUGAAAAAGUACUUAUACAAAGCGGAAAGUACCCCAUCCGACCUCCAAAUGAAGUAACUGCAAACUACAGAAGGUCCCGACCAGAUCGCUACACAAAUACAGGCGUUGUUAACGAACAAGGUGUAGUUUGGGCUUCAUUACGCAAGCGAUUGACGCCCAAGCUGACUUCCCCUGGUGUUGUUCAAGGCUGCUUCCCGAAAAUGAAAGGCUUGGCAGAUGAUUUUAUACAUCUGCUCUGCCAAGCGAGAAACAGGAAUAACGUGGUGAAAGGGUUUGAAGACUUUAGCAAUAGAAUGGGCCUUGAAAGUACUUGUAUGUUGAUUUUUGGUAGAAAAAACGGAUUUUUAGACGGAUUGGUUAGCGAAACAGCUACGCGGCUGGUAGAUGCCGUGACCAGUCAGUUUCGGGCAUCUCAUGAAGCGUUUUACGGGUUUCCAUUCUGGAAAAUAAAAUCGACCAAGGCGUACAAGGAAUUCACAGCGAGUGAUGACACCUUAUAUGAAAUUAUGUCCGAAGUCAUAGACUCGGCGUUGAACGACGAAACACAGUCUGGCACAUCCGAAAGCAGCGUGUUCAGGUCCAUACUACGGUCGUCAAACUUGGAUAUGAAAGAAAAGAUAGCCGUGAUUAUCGACUUCAUCGCCGCAGGAAUAAAAACAUUCGGAAACACCCUGGUAUUUUUAUUGUACCUGAUCGCCAAACAUCCGGAAGUACAGGAAAAGUUAUACAACGAGAUAUCACGGUUGGCUCCGACGGGUACACCUAUUACCAAUGAACAUUUAAAAAAAGCCAAAUAUUUGAAUGCAUGUAUAAUGGAAGCUCACAGAUUUAAACCCACUGCUCCAUGUAUUGCAAGAGUUUUGGAAUCGAAAAUAAUAUACGACGAUUACUGUUUGCCAAAAGGGACCGUCGUGUUGAUGCACACGGGGUUGGCGUGUUUGGACGAAAGGAAUUUCAAAGACGCGACUUCGUACAUCCCGGAAAGAUGGAUGGAAAAGAAGACGUACGAUUCACUGUUCUUGGUAGCGCCAUUUGGCUAUGGCGAACGAAUAUGUCCGGGGAAGCUAUUCGUAGAAUUAGAACUCAAAAUUGUUUUAGCAAAGAUGGUCAAGCAAUUUCACAUCGGCUAUAAGGGACAACUGAAAACUGAAUUUGAAUUUAUUUUGACACCCGUUAACGCGAAUUUUAUUCUACGCGAUAGAAUUAAUUGAUGUUAUUAAAUACUUUAUUAAACUAAAAUUGCUAUAAUUUAGUACUGCGCCUAGGUAGGUAUAUUAAAUAAUAAUUAAUAUUAUAACGUUCACUUAAUUAUAAUUUAUCGUUCAACAACAACGUUAACCCUAUCUCAUUAUGUCUAUACUUUUUUUUAUUUAUGCUUUAGUAUAUACAUAUGUCAUAUAUUAUAUAUCAUGUAUAUAAUUAUAUUAUAUUAUAAUAUAAACUAACCAUUUUUGUAUGUAUGAUAUUCAUAUACAGAUAUUCAUUUUAAAGUUCAUUAAAUUUGUUUUUAUUUCCCCCUUCAAAUGCAUGCAAGUAAUUUAUUUUUGUAUUCAUCUUGUGUUAGUUCAAUAUUCUAAAUAUUACUUAAAGCCCAUUCAUGAUGUAGGUAUAACAGGUACAUGUUUCAUUGUAUAAUUUAAAUUUUGUAUCCUUUACCAAAUUCAUAUUGUUAUUAUUUAUAAAUUAUAAUAUAAUCAUAUACAUAUCAACAAUAUUUGAUACUCAGUUGUAUUAUAAAACUGUCGUUAAUAAUAGUUUAAUUUAUUAAAAAAUAAUACCUUCUA